GCACGCAAAUAUUUACAUAUUUCCUCUUAACUUUAUAUACAAAUAAUCAAUAAUUCGCAAGAUAGAAAAUUUCUAAGAUACGUAUUUAUAGAUUUUACACUAGGAUUUCUUUGACACGAAAUUGUUAGCACAUUUGAGGACAAAAUGUCGACGGAAACGUGUUGCUGUGGAUGCUGUUCAGUCGGCCAGGGAACGCUGGCCAUCGGAAUUUUCAACAUUGUGGGGUGCAUCCUUUUCAUCAUUUUCAACUCGUUAGCCGUAAACUUAAUGGUAAUUCAUCCCGAUCAGAUUACGGACCCGGCUUUCUACGAAAAUCCUAGUCGCUACAUCACGCUGGGUUAUGUCCACAUAUCCUUUUCCGCGAUAUACUUUCUCCUGGCGUGCCUUCUAGUGCACGGGUGUCACAAACGAAAUCACCGCUUCAUACUGCCCUGGUUGUACUGGAAUUACGUCUCCCUUCUCCUCAUCGCGGUCGGGAUGACGGCCUUUUUUAUAAGCCUGGCCAUCUCUGGGGAAAUUGGGGGUGGCCUUAUUCUCCUCGGAGUUUACGCGGCUUUCUUUGGAAUUCAGAUGUACCUUGUCUUCGUGGUGAAACACUUCGUCGACGAGUUGGUGGUGGAGGAUCUCUGCACGGCGAGAGUGUGACACUUGUGGAAAACGUGAAGAGGUUGGAAGAAAGUAAACAUUUGGAUGCAAUUGUUUAUCCUCACAAAUCUGGAUAUCGGAAGAAACUUCAAUUUAAUCUGAAUUUAACAUAGUUUUUUAAAUCAUUUAUGAAUGCGUCACACGAACUUCUCUGACUUUGUACAGGAUUUAGAAUAACUUAAGAAAAUAUAGAAAAAAUAAUUAAGUUGCACUGAAAAUUUGGAAGAUUUCGCUUCAUAAUUUGGAGGAUUUCACUUUGUAAAGUA